GCCAUCUGGAUAUGUCGGCCGAGCAACAGAGCGAGUCCAAGUCCAGCCGCAGCAAGCCAGCUCUCCAACGUCCUCUGCAAUACCACGGGAUCUAGACCCGAUCUCGGCCACCAUGGCGUCUCUCGACAGCGCCCGUUCCUCCCUUUCCAACCACGACCUCCUCACCAUCCUCGUGUGCAAUGAUAGCUUUGUCCGGUUUCUGGAUCUACCGACCCUGGGCCGGCUUCCGCAGCUCGCUCGGCAGUACCGGGGCGUCCUGUCUCUCACCUCCACAGACCCGUGGAUGAACAAGCUCUAUCGUCGCCUCAAGGUCACCGAGGCUGUGUUUGCAAAUCUCCAGGGCAUCGACCGGAGGGCUGUCCUCGAGGGCGUGUGCUCCUUCCUCGGCCGAAAGGAUGGUUAUCCGCAAGGCCGCGGGGCAUACCAGAAGGAGCUCCCUCUCUGGUGGGCCUUUGUCAAGCUGCCGGCGAUGGAGGGAAGCAAGAUUCAGGACCUCCUUGCCCAGGCCCUCAGAAAGAUGAAGUCGCUCCGCUGCCUUUGCGCCAUCAAAAGCAUCCCCAGCAACAUUGCAGAUCUGUGUCCGCAGGAGCAGUUCCAGCUCUUUGACAGCUCGCAGAUUCUGCGGGUGAACUCUUGCAGGCACUGCCUGUAUUCGAGACGCUACGGGCACUUUGAUGGGCUCCUCACCGUCGCGCGAUUCCCGAGCCAUCCCUUCCACACCGACAAGCACAUGUCCUGUCUCCUGCCCCACGAGCACUACUUUCUCGAAAAGACGUACUUGAGAAACUUGGCAUUGGUCAACUGCUCCUUCUUGCCGCUCUCGGACCGACCCCGGGGUCUCGACGGUCUGGAAUCACUCGUCGUCGUCGAUACGCAGCCCCAGGGAAUCGUCGAAGAUCUGGAUGGCAUGCCGGCAUUGCCGAUGCUGUCCGCUCUUGCCUUGCCCAGGUCACUGCUCAGUUUCGACGGCAUGCCACAGAGUUUCCAAUGCCUCAUGUCGCUGGACAUUUCUGCGUGUCCCCGUCUCGUAUCCUUCCAAGGCUUGCCCAAGCUGCCACGACUGCGAACCCUCAAACUUCCGCAAUCCAGCGACUGCCUCUCCCGUCUGCUGAGCCCAGCGACGUACUCGGCGGAAUCGCCCAAAGAAAAGUCUCCAUCUCGCACCGACGGCGGCCUGGGCACCGUAAUGCCGUCGCUGGCGGAACUGUGGCUGUCGUCGUCGCUCUGUGGCCUCGAUGCACUCGCUGCAACUCUCCAGACCAUCACAACCCUUCAUCUUGUGGUUGACGAGCCAGAAUACGGAUUCGAGGAGCUUCCAUCGAUGCCCGAACUGGAAACGCUAUCGAUUCAUGGGUCGGUGGCGAACCUGAGCUGGCUCAGCGGACAUCCGGACUCGCCAGCCAGCGGGAAGGGCAGUUCGCACAGCGCAGCGUGCUCAUCCAGAAAGCGCUCAAGGACCCCACGGCUGCAGUCGCUUGUUUUGCCGGCAUCGAUCGAGUCCCUGAACCAAGUCCCCGAAUACCUCCAAACGAUCCGUCUCUUGGACUUGUCGGCGUGUACCCGACUGAGGCUGGCAAACGGACUCGCGCAGAUGCCGGCGUUGGUCGAACUGAAGCUGCCCAUGUCGGCCACGGAUCUCAGGUUCAUGCCAGCCUGGCUGAACUCGAUCCGACGACUGAGCCUCAAAGGAUCAGCACUCGAGUCGCUCAGAGGAAUGCCCGCCAUGGACUCGCUGGAGAUGCUUUCGCUCGACUUGCCCCUCACGAGCCUCGAGGGAAUGCCGUCGGUCCUUCCGUCUCUCCAGGAACUCCAUCUGCAGCAGCAUUGCAAUUUGAGGGCUCUUGGUGGAAUGUCCGAGAUGCCUCGGCUCAAAGGCCUGAGUCUGCUCCGAUCCAUUGCCACUCUGGAAGGCAUGCCGACGACCCUUGAGUCGAUUGUCUGUAUCGAUAUCGGCAUGUGCUCGAAGCUGACAUCGCUCAAGGGUCUUCCGAGCAUGCCGGCACUCCGAGAGCUGCGUUUUCCGCCAAACAUCAAGAGCCUGGACAUUGCUUCGGUGCAUCUCGACUCCUUGGAGACUCUUUGGAUGAACGACUGCAUGGUGCUGAAGACCCUCGAAGGGUUUCCCCAAACGCCGAGGCUCAAGACACUCCAUCUCCCCCCGUCUCUGGAGAGUCUCCGCGGAUUCCCCGAGCACCUGGAGCACAUGUCGAGUCUGGAUCUCUCCGGGUGCUUUCGGCUCGAGUCCCUAGUUGGCUUCCCACCCAGCCUGGGCUUGAUCCUGGAAUCGCUGACACUGCCGCUGAUGCUCAAGAGCCUGAAUGGCCUCCCCCCGGCGAUGGCGGCCAUCCGAGUCCUUCAUCUGGCAUGGGCGUACAAUCGAGCUACGGGCGAAGAGCUUCUCCGAAGUUGCUCGCAGAUGCCGCUGCUUCAGCUGCUCGGUCCGGAAGACAGUGACCCCGCUGUGAUCCCAGACUCCCUCACGGCUCUGGAUGUAACCAUGGAGGCAGCGUUGGCUGCUGGGCUUCCUCGGAUGCCAAAGCUCGGCGAGGUGGCUCUCAGAGCCUCUGCCGCAAACCGACGGGUCAUUGGCGAGCUGAGGGCAGCCGUUGAUGGGCACCGGCCGAGUGUCUGCCCCAAGCCCGAGUGAAGUCUGGGGGAACAUUCCUGGAGCCGGCAGACCGUCCUCUCGACAAGAGGUGAUGAACGCUGUCGAGCCGGGCUCGCCCAUGCCUUGCUGAAUACAUGUCGUGCUGUGUCCUGGA